AUGACCAAGCUCGGCCUCGAGGCCAACGACCUAGAGCCGACCCGGACGAUCUUCCAUGGCAUCGUCCCCGGCCUCUCCUGCUGCCCGAUCGGCCGGGUCCGGCUCGACAUCCUGUUCGGCGAUAGCAGCCACUUCCGACGUGAGCCGAUCUGGUUCGAGGUGGUGGACCUGUCCAGCGAGUACCACGCGCUGCUGGGCCGGCCCGCGCUCGCCAAGUUCAUGGCGGGCCUCAUCACCGUCACCGCCGACUACCGCAAGUCCCUGGACUGCGCCCAAGACGGCGCCAAGCUGGCCGAGUCGCUGGUUGUAGCCAAGGAGCAGCGCCAGCUCGACCGGAUCGUCGCCCUGGCCCAGGAAGCGUCGGGCCGCGCAGAUCCCGACUGA